AGUCCCACAGAGUACUUUAUAUCAGUCCAGUCAUCAGUCCGACCAAGCGAAGCGCGGUGGAAGUACGUGUCGACGCAACUUGCCGCGUUCGCUUCUUUGUUUAUUUUUGUUUGUGAUGUGAAUCAUUUUUAUAAUGUUGCUAGGCGAAACUAGCUUUUAUACCAAUAAAAGUGUAGUGUGCAGAUAGCGAAGCAACGAAAUGGAGUGGUUGAAGAGAUGCUUUAGUCAAGAAGGGCGCGAGGACACGGCUGGCCGGGAGUUACAAGAUGCGGACGCCCUCGAGACGCCGCUGGAGCGACGACAGCGCUGGCGCAGCGUCUACGUGAUCUACUUCACCAUGUUUCAGAUGUCCCUGGGCUUCAGUAUCGUGCUCACUGGCGUUUGGCCGUACCUCGACAAGUUAGAGCCGGGCACAAAGAAGGAGAUGCUGGGGCUAGCAGUGGGCGCGAGUCCUCUGGGGCAGUUGCUGCUGUCUCCACUGCUGGGGCUGUGGGCCAACCGUGCGGGCAGUGUGCGCGCGCCGCUAGCCGCCACUAUGGCCCUCUUCGUGCUGGCCUCCGCGCUCUACUCGCAGCUGCAUCUCACGCGCCCCUACGCACUCUAUUGCAUGCUGGCAGCCAGGUUCCUUAUAGGAGUUAGUUCUUCAAACGUGGCCGUGGCACGCGCGUACUUGUCGGCUGCCACGCUGGCAAGUGAGCGCACACGCGCUGUGGCAGCUGUGUCGCUGGCGCAGGUGCUGGGCUUCGUGGCGGGCCCGGCGCUACAGGCGGCCGCCGCACCACUGGGCUCCGCGGACGAGUCUCCAGGCCUACGACUUGACAUGUACAGCGCGCCUGGUGCGAUCAACGCUGUGCUAGGCUUCAUCAACCUGCUAUUGCUGGUGCCCUGCUGUUUUCAGGAGACCGACAUCGCGCUGCGUGAGGCGGUGCGAGCGCGCGGUGACCAAUCAGAGAAGGAGGUUUUGAAGGCGCUGAAGCCGGACUUCAUCAGCAGCUGGAUGCUGGUAGGCGCGUUCUUCGUGCUGGUUUUCAACUUCGUGCUGCUGGAGACGCUAGCCACGACGUUGAGCAUGGAACAGUUCGGGUGGGGCAAGGCACAGGCGCUGCAGUACAUGGGCGCGCUCAUGUCGGCCGGCGCUGUCGUCGCCUGUCUCGUGUUCGCCGCCAUCCCUUCACUGACCCGCCGCUUCGAGGAACGGGCACUGCUGGUGUGGGGCGGGUUCCUGCCGACGGCUGCGGCGUCGCUGCUCUGCAUCCCCUGGGGGCCCGGCCCGCCACCUCUCGCUAUGCCCGGCCAGCACGAGGCGCUCGGUGGAUGCCCACAGGAGACGCAGCCGUGGUGUGCCGAGUCGCGCGCGCUCUCGUUGGUGCAGUUCCUACUGGCGUACGCCUGCGUGUCGGUGGGCUACCCGCUCGGCGUCACGCUUAUACAGACUAUCUUCUCCAAGGUGCUGGGUCCCAGGCCGCAGGGCGUGUGGCAGGGCGUGCUGGCGGGCGCGGGGUGCGCGGCGCGCGCGCUGGGCCCGCUGCUGGUGGCGGGCGUGUACGCGCGGCGCGGCCCGCCCGCCGCCUUCGCCGUCACCGCCGCGCUCACGCUCGCCGCGCUGCUCGCGCUGCGCGCCGUCUACCCGCGCCUGCAGCUGCCCGAGCCAGCCGCGCCCCCGCCGCCCGCGCCCUGCGAGCUGCAGCCGCUAGCACGCCGCGACAUGGACGACACUAAAAGGGGUCCGCUUCUCUACACUCACCAUACGAAACGCAGCAGCAUUAAGGGGCUACUCCAUGCGAACGAACUUGAGCAUUUGGUGUGCCGCGCCGACUCGCUACAAUAUAUCGUUUAAGAAAUAUGUAAGACGCCACCUACUGUACGAACGUAGUAUAUGUAUUUUUUCAACAUCUAUAAACUAUUUUAUGGAAAUACACAAAGCGU